UUGGAGAUGGACGGGAUCCAGUGGUUUCCAUGGCGCUGGAUAAACAGGAGGAAACAGUGAGGGAAUCCCGUUAUUUUACUGCAUUGAAAGCCUAUAAACACGGAGCGCGGGGAAGGAAGUCGCGUUCCCUCUCGAGUAAGCCCGAGCGCCGAGCCGCGCCGACUCCGCCGCGCCGGGAGCCGGGAGCCGGGAGGCGGGAGGCGCGCAGCUCCCGGGCCGCUCGCAGGCUCCUCGGCCAGGGAAGCCCCGCGAGCAUGCUUUAGAGAGGACGGCGGCCCCUUGGCUCCUGGUCGACCCAAACAGACCCCCUCUCACCCCGCGCGCCGAAACCCCAUCCCCUCCAGAUGCAGAGAGAGGCUGCGUUCAGACUGGGGCACUGCCAUCCCCUCCGCAUCAUGGGGUCUGUGGACCAAGAACCUCGCCAAUAAUGUCACCUCGAACCGGCCUCGCUGAGGACAGCUGCCUGGGCCGCCACUCGCCCGUGCCCCGUCCGGCCUCCCGCUCCUCGUCGCCUGGUACCAAGCGGAGGCAUUCGUGCGCCGGGGCCUUGGUUGCCCCGCUGCCCGGAGCCUCACCCCAGCGCUCGCGGAGCCCCUCGCCGCAGCCCCGGGACGACGGCGCCCCCGCCGGGUACCCCCCAGCGGCUGGCUCUGCCGUCCUCAUGGAUGACCUGAACAGCCUCGCUGCCGACUCGCCCUGUGGGAUCCCCCCCAAGAUGUGGAAGACCAGCCCCGACCCGUCGCCCGUGUCCGCCGCCCCGUCCAAGGCCGGCCUGCCCCGCCACAUCUACCCGGCCGUGGAGUUCCUGGGGCCCUGCGAGCAGGAGGAGAGGAGGAACUCGGCCCCCGAGUCCAUCUUGCUGGUGCCGCCCACUUGGCCCAAGCAGCUGGUGCCCGCCAUUCCCAUCUGCAGCAUCCCAGUGACUGCAUCCCUCCCUCCACUUGAGUGGCCACUGUCCCACCAGUCAGGCUCCUAUGAGCUGCGGAUCGAGGUGCAGCCCAAGCCACAUCACCGAGCUCACUACGAGACAGAAGGCAGUCGCGGGGCUGUCAAAGCUCCGACCGGUGGCCACCCUGUGGUUCAGCUCCACGGCUACAUGGAAAACAAGCCGCUGGGGCUUCAGAUCUUCAUUGGGACGGCUGACGAGCGCAUCCUUAAGCCCCACGCCUUCUACCAGGUCCACCGGAUCACGGGGAAGACCGUCACCACCACCAGCUACGAGAAGAUUGUGGGCAACACUAAAGUCCUGGAGAUUCCGCUGGAGCCAAAGAACAACAUGAGGGCAACCAUCGACUGUGCUGGGAUUCUGAAGCUGAGAAAUGCAGACAUUGAGCUGCGGAAAGGCGAGACGGACAUCGGGAGGAAGAACACGCGGGUGAGGCUGGUGUUCCGGGUGCACAUCCCAGAGUCCAGCGGAAGGAUCGUCUCCUUGCAGACGGCAUCGAACCCCAUCGAGUGCUCCCAGCGAUCCGCCCACGAGCUGCCCAUGGUGGAAAGACAAGAUAUCGACAGCUGCCUGGUCUACGGAGGCCAGCAGAUGAUUCUCACAGGACAGAACUUCACGGCCGAGUCCAAAGUCGUGUUUACCGAGAAGACCACAGAUGGGCAGCAAAUUUGGGAGAUGGAGGCCACGGUGGAUAAAGACAAGAGCCAGCCUAACAUGCUUUUUGUUGAGAUCCCUGAGUAUCGGAACAAGCACAUUCGGACAUCAGUGAAGGUGAACUUCUACGUCAUCAAUGGGAAAAGAAAACGAAGUCAGCCUCAGCACUUUACCUACCACCCAGUCCCAGCCAUCAAGACGGAGCCCACCGAUGAAUACGACCCCACCUUGAUCUGCAGCCCCGCCCACGGGGGUCUGGGGAGCCAGCCUUACUACCCGCAGCACCCAAUGGUGGCCGAGUCCCCCUCCUGCCUCGUGGCCACCAUGGCUCCCUGCCAGCAAUUCCGCUCAGGGCUCUCAUCCCCCGACGCCCGCUACCAGCAGCAGAACCCGGCGGCCGUCCUCUACCAGCGGAGCAAGAGCCUGAGCCCCAGCCUGCUGGGCUACCAGCAGCCGGCCCUCAUGGCCGCUCCCCUGUCCCUCGCGGACGCCCACCGCUCCGUGCUGGUGCACGCUGGCUCCCAGGGCCAGAGCUCAGCCCUGCUCCACUCCAGUCCGGCCAACCAGCAGGCCUCACCGGUGAUCCACUACUCACCCACCAACCAGCAGCUGCGCUGUGGAAGCCACCAGGAGUUCCAGCACAUCGUGUACUGCGAGAACUUCGCGCCCGGCACCACCAGGCCCGGCCCACCCCCUGUCAGUCAAGGUCAGAGGCUGAGCCCAGGGUCCUACCCCACAGUCAUUCAGCAGCAGAAUGCCACAAGCCAAAGAGCCGCCAAAAACGGACCCCCAGUCAGUGACCAAAAGGAAGUAUUACCCGCGGGCGUGACAAUUAAACAGGAACAGAACUUGGACCAGACCUACUUGGAUGAUGAGCUGAUAGACACACACCUUAGCUGGAUACAAAACAUAUUAUGAAACAGAAUGACUGUGAUCUUUGAUCCGAGAAAUCAAAGUUAAAGUUAAUGAAAUUAUCAGGAAGGAGUUUUCAGGACCUCCCGCCCAAAAUCAGACGUAGAAGAAGCCAUUAGCAAGACAUCAUCCACACUGUUGACCCCGGAGCCUCCCACUGCCCCUUCACCAUCCUCCCCAGUGUCCACCCUACCCGGAGGCUACGCGCGGGACCACAUACCAGCCGAAAGCUAACCUUCCGUCCUGAAGCUCGCCUCCUCUCUCUGUGCGUUCUGAAUUUUGGUCUAAAUCCCAAAGAGCAUCUCGGUUGACUUUCACGGUGUCCCAUCCAAACCUUAAGUGCCUGCUGACCCCAAAUACAUUCUGAACAAGCCCACCCGCUGGAACGCACCUGAGAGCCGAGAGCC